AUAUUAAUUCCCAGCGCAACGCAAUUUCAAGAACCCCGAACAAUAUACGCAUUCUGUAUCGUCCGUUGCUCGUCGUGAGUAUCUCUCACCGUGUCGGUGUUUCCAAUGGCCUCCUCCUGUUCGAGGAAGCCCUCAAUUUGUCGGGUUUUCCUUGUGUUUCUGUUUCUUGCCUAUCGUUGCGAUGCAUUCUAUCUCCCCGGCAGCUACAUGAAUGUUUACUCUUCUGAGGAUCCUAUAUUUGCUAAGGUUAAUUCCUUGACUUCCAUUGAAACUGAGCUUCCUUUCAACUAUUAUACUCUCCCCUAUUGCAAGCCACCGGGUGGUGUCAAGAAAAGUGCAGAGAAUCUUGGGGAGUUGCUUAUGGGUGAUCAGAUCGACAACUCUCCAUAUCGAUUUCGCAUGAAUGUAAAUGAAACAGUCUACCUUUGUACCACUGAGCCUUUGAGUGAGGUUCAAGUGAAGCUUUUGAAACAGAGAACUCGUGAUCUCUAUCAGGUAAACAUGAUACUGGAUAAUUUACCUGCCAUGAGAUUUACCGAACAAAAUGGGAUUAAAAUCCAGUGGACUGGGUUUCCAGUUGGGUACACGCCAUCAAACAGUGAGGAUGAUUAUAUCAUUAACCACCUAAAGUUCACAGUCUUGGUUCACGAGUAUGAGGGGACUGGUGUGGAAAUAAUUGGCACUGGGGAAGAAGGUAUGGGUGUGAUUUCGCAAGCUGAACAGAAAAAGGCUUCUGGAUAUGAAAUUGUUGGAUUUCAGGUUACACCUUGUAGUGUUAAAUAUGAUCCUGAAACGAUGAAGAAGUAUGAUAUGCUACAGAAUAUCACGCAUGUAGACUGUCCAAAGGAGCUUGAGAAGUCCCAGAUCAUCAGGGAGAAAGAGCAAGUGUCAUUCACUUAUGAGGUGCAGUUUGUCAAAAGUGAUAUAAGGUGGCCAUCAAGAUGGGAUGCUUAUUUGAGGAUGGAGGGUUCCAAAGUACACUGGUUCUCAAUUCUAAAUUCACUAAUGGUAAUCUUCUUCUUAGCGGGUAUAGUUUUCGUUAUAUUCUUAAGGACUGUGAGAAGAGACUUGACAAGGUAUGAGGAAUUGGACAAAGAAUCUCAAGCACAGAUGAACGAAGAGCUCUCAGGAUGGAAACUUGUAGUUGGAGAUGUGUUCAGGGAACCCGAAUGUUCGAAGCUCCUCUGCGUGAUGGUUGGUGACGGGGUUCAAAUUUUGGGGAUGGCAGUUGUCACUGUUGUUUGUACAGCAUUUGGGUUCAUGUCACCAGCUUCUAGAGGAAUGCUACUGACAGGGAUGAUUAUUCUUUAUCUUUUCCUUGGAAUUAUUGCAGGUUAUGUUGGUGUACGCGCAUGGAGAACCAUUAAGGGAACGUCAGAAGGGUGGAGAUCAGUUUCCUGGUCAGUUGCUUGCUUCUUUCCUGGGAUCGUCUUCGUCAUUCUUACAGUACUGAACUUCAUUCUUUGGAGCAGCAAGAGUAGUGGCGCCAUUCCCAUCUCAUUAUAUUUUGAACUCUUAGCUCUCUGGUUUUGCAUAUCUGUGCCACUCACCCUGCUGGGAGGGUUCUUUGCCACACGAGCUGCAGAAAUUCAGUUUCCCGUGAGAACCAACCAGAUUCCGAGGGAAAUUCCUUCACGGAAGUACCCAUCUUGGCUUCUCAUUCUUGGAGCUGGGACCCUUCCCUUCGGAACCCUUUUCAUCGAACUCUUCUUUAUCCUUUCUAGCAUCUGGCUUGGAAGGUUCUAUUACGUUUUCGGUUUUCUACUGAUAGUUUUAUCUCUUCUGGUUAUUGUGUGUGCUGAAGUAUCAGUCGUCCUUACCUACAUGCAUCUCUGUGUGGAGGAUUGGCGAUGGUGGUGGAAGGCGUUCUUUGCUUCUGGUUCAGUUGCUCUUUACGUGUUCCUAUAUUCCAUCCACUACUUGGUCUUUGAGCUGCAGAGUUUGAGCGGCCCGGUGUCUGCUAUUCUUUAUCUUGGUUAUUCAUUGAUCAUGGCAACGGCAAUUAUGUUAUCAACCGGCACCAUCGGCUUCCUGACAUCUUUCUACUUUGUUCACUACCUAUUUUCUUCAGUAAAGAUAGAUUAGAAAUGGCCUACACCGCCCUUUCUCGCCUGGCCAAAGGACGAUUACGGUAACAUUUCAGCUCUUGGCGAACCGUCUAAUACUUUCUUGUUCCCUUCAGCCUAGCAAGUUUCUUAGGCAUUUUUUUUUUGUCUUCGGAGCCAUUACAUUAUAUGAAGUGAAGUGAGAUGAUGGGAUAGUUAUUUCUAGUUUUAUGAAUCCCAACCUAUGUUUAGAAUGCAAAGAUCUGCCCUCCACCAAUACCAAAUCCAAAAAAAUGGGAUGUUCUUGGGUUUUUAAUGCUAUUGAUCUAUUUUUGAUGGAGUGCUUCUAUCCAACCAAAUUGUUAGUAGAAACUUGAAAGUUGUUACCAUUGUUUUACCUUUUCCAUUCUUGUAUACCAUUUCAUUGUAUUUGCUUUCUCCUUUGAUAUUUUUGACAUUAUUGAUUUCUUAUCUAUACGUGCUAAGUCGUUAAGUUCGUA